AUGCUUUCCAGAAAACUGUUGAUCAAUCGGAUUUCUACCAAUUUGAGGUAAACUUGAUGUUUUAUACAUAAUCUUGGAUAAAAACAGUAUUAAACUUUGUUUCAUAAAGCUAAAAAGCGGUUAAAUUGCUGUAAACAAAAUGUUUGUUUACUUAGAAAGUAAACAAAGUGUUUAUUUAUUUUAUUUGUAGUUAAAGAAUGAUUAUAUUAAGUUAGAGUGAAUAAAAGAUAAGGUUUUGUGAUCUACAGGGUUUUGGCCAUAACUUUUUUAAAUAGUUAGCUAUAGAUAUGACAUUUUGUGUGAUUGUAGACUGGGUUUUGUCUCUCCUUGGUCAUAAAAGGUUUUUUGAAAUGUGUACUUACUUUAAAGUUACAGCACAUCUAAUGUAUCUCUGUUAUGUAAGUCUUAUAAGAUAAAAAUUGAAGGCAAAAAUCAUUUUAGCUGCCGAUCCAGCUCUAAUUUUGAAAACCGAGACAACGAUGAAGCUUUCUUCAAGAGCAAUGACUACCAAUUAUUGCAACAAAGCAAGCUGCCAACUUGGUAUUUCCAAAAAAGUUUGCGAAGACUCCCAAUUCCAAAGUUGGAGGACUCCGUGAAGCGAUACCUCUAUGCCGUAGAAGCCGUAUGUUCUCCAGAGCAAUUGAAAGAAGCUCAAGAGGUGGCGGAGCCUUUGGUUGCUAAUUCAGGUAACUUUUGAUUUCAUUUUGAUUUUUAUUUUUAGAAUUGCAAGCAAAAUUGAAAGAGUACGAUGAUCUACACCCUGACACUUCGUACAUUUCUGAGCCGUGGUUUGAUAUGUACUUGAAGGCAAGAGUGCCAGUUCCAAUCAAUUACAAUCCUUUCAUGAUGUUCAGUCCGGAUCCAAGGCCAGAAUGUAAUGAUCAAGUAUGUUUUUCAUGAAAGCUUAGAAUUUGUUGUUUAUGGUGAAGGUAUCUGCUAUAACAUCGUUUUUGAUGUUUUUAUUUAUUCUAAGUAGUUUUCUUAUUACUAUAUUAAAUUUUAUGCAGUUUUCAAUAUCUUAAUACAAGACUUAUCUAUUUGUAACUUAUAAAUGCAAUGUUCUUGCGAUUUAUAUUGUUUUAGGUCUAUUUACCUCAAUAUUUUUGGUGUUUUCUAUAAUUGACAAUACAUUAGCGUUUAAAAAUAAUUAAAUAAGCAAAGUUUGACUUCUUGUGAAUACUGAAAGUUAUGUUUUAGUUACUGCGAGCCACGUACAUGAGCAUAGCAGCUGGGCGAUUUAAAAAGGCCAUGGAUAAGAACCUUUUGGAGCCGGAAAUCUAUCAUGUUAAGCCAAAGUGGAGCAAAUCACCUAAGUUUGUUAGGGCAAUGAAGUAAGUCGGAAAAUUAAAUGUGGGUUUGUAUGAAUUUGUGCGCCAUUCUUUUUACAUCAACUCAAAAUUUUAUUUUUUAGUUAAAAAUGGCUACUUUAAUGUUCUAUAAGGUGAUUUAUAGGGGAUUAAGUGUACUUGAUACCUUCAAUAUUUAAUAAAAAUCAUUUUAGGCUAUUCCCAGAAGCUUUGGCAUGGUACGGUGCUGUAGCCUUCCAAGCCUUCCCCCUGGACAUGUCUCAAUACCCAUCACUAUUCGGAGGUAACAGAAUUCCAAAACUGAAUAAAGAUCAACUUCAUCACGCCGACAAACCUCAACACAUGCUGGUAGUAAGGCAUGGCGUUUUCUACAAGGUCAACCUCUUUGACAAGGACUAUAAUCUACGCAAACCACACGAUAUCUACGCUGAUCUGGCUGGAAUUGUGAAGAAUGGAGCCAAAUCCGAAGCCGAUCAAUGUGUAGGCAGCUUAACAACGCUGGAUCGAGACACCUGGGCCAAUACCCGCGAUGAAAUUCUGGCGAAUUCAACGAAGAACUUAGGUAACUUGAAGGUCAUCGAUGACGCAUUAUUUAUAUUGUGUUUGGACGAGGAGAAGCUUACCGAUCAUUCACAAUUGGCCAAUCAUUUGCUAUGUGGAGGUGAUGGGCGUAACCGAUGGUUCGACAAGUGUUUCCAGUUGAUUGUAGAUGGAAAUGGUCAAGCUACCAUCAACUUCGAACACUCCUGGGGUGAUGGCGUUGCUGUGUUGAGAUUGAUAGAGGAAUCUUAUAGAGAUACACAGAGAAUGAACUGGAUCGAUCCUAAUAACAGGCCAAAGGAAAAUAGUGAUGGCGUGCAGAAGUUGGGUAGGGGUUUUUAUUUUUUUUUAAUUUUGAAUUUUUUUUUUUUUAAUUUAAAAUGUUAUUAAAUAAAAAAAAAUUUCCAGAAUGGGACCUUUCCUCCUCAACCAAGUCCACCAUCAAACAAGCCCAAGAGAAGUUCGUAAAAGCCGCUAGCGACGUCCAGUUUGCCGUAGCCGAGUACACCGACCUAACUAGAGACGAAAUCAAAGCUGUUGGCAUUUCUCCAGACUCCACCAUGCAAUUGGCCAUCCAGCUAGCCUUCUACCGCACCCAAAACCGCUUCGGCCCAACCUACGAAUCUUGCUCGACAGCGGCCUGGAAGAAGGGCCGGACCGAGUGUGUACGGUCAGCUUCAGUAGCCACAAGGGACACGGUCCUCGACAUGGUCGAGAACAAUGUCACCGACCCGAAGACAUUGCUGGAGAGAUUCAAGCAAUGCUCGGAAGUUCACGGUAAAUUAGUGAAGCUAGGUGCCAUGGGACAGGGAUUCGACCGCCAUCUACUCGGCCUCAAGAUAACGGCCGAACGCAACAACCUACCAAUUCCACAGUUUUACAACUCACAAGUCUACAACUACAUGAACAAUUUUGAAGUCUCAACGUCCACCUUGUCUACAGAAGCCAUUGUCUUUGGUGGAUUUGGGCCGGUUGUCAAAAAUGGCUAUGGCAUCGGAUAUAAUGUAGGAAAGACCAAGCUGGGUGCAGUGGUUUCGACCUUUAAAGUAAGUUUUUUUGGUUACUAUACAUUACUUUAUCUUUGUCAUACUUUUCUUUAUAUUUACCCUAACCUCGCUCAUUCUUCGUUACUUGACCCUUAAGGGACUGGAAACAGUUUUAAAAUUCUCUUAAAAAAUGAAAAUUUCAGGACGAAAGAGACGCCCAAAAGUUCUGCGAAAACCUGUUGGACAGUCUAGCGACCAUCAACAAGGUUUUCAAGGGCAAACAAUAG